UUUUUUUCAUUGUUCUAACACACCUAUAACAUACCUAUUUUACUUUAGUUUUGGGUUCAUUAAAAGGCAGUUUAGACUACUUAAGUCGUUUACCUAAUAAUUCAUUCUACGAUAAGAUUUUGUAUUUUAAAUAGAAGGAUUUAUUUGAUAGCGGAUAACAUCGGCAGCUGCGGUGUGGAUUACGAAUACGUGUGAAAUACUUUCACUCACGAGAGGUGCGAGGGCAAAAACACAGGGUUCGAGAACAUUCAAAAUGGCCAAAAUUAAAGAUGAAUUUACCAAAGAAUGUGGCCACAGGUCUAUUUUAAAACAGUUUAUUUUGGGGAUAUUAGCCAAUUUUUCCAGUGUCGGUCCUAGUAUGAGUUUGGGAUUCUCGGCAGUUGCUCUACCUGUACUUCAUGGACAAUUGAACACCAUUGAGUUGUCUUGGUUUGCAAGUAUCGCAUCUUUAGCAACACCUUUUGGUUGUUUCUUUGCUGGUCCUUUUGCGGAUCGAUAUGGAAGAAGAAUGGCACUUUUUUUCGUUAAUAUCGUAUGCCUGUUAGGAUGGAUAACAAUUGCAGUAUUUUGUUACGCCAAACCAUCUCAUUUCUGGAUCCUGUUAUUGGGAAGAGUGUUAACUGGGCUUUCAACAGGACUAUGUAGUUCCCCAGCAACCGUUUACAUGGCUGAGAUAUCCUCGCCUGACUUGAGGGGGAUCUUCACUACAUGGGCCUCUGUAUCAUUUUCAUUGGGAGUGUUGGUAGUAUACUUCUUGGGAUUUCUUUUUCAGAGCAAUCUUGGAGCAAUUUGUUUGAUAACUGCAGUAUUUCCGUGCGUGGGAAUCUUAUUCUCAAUCUUCUUGAUACCAGAAUCACCAACGUGGCUGGUAGGAAGAUAUCGAACGGAGGAAGCAAGAUCUAGUUUGUGCAGAAUUUUCAAUACUGGACUAACUCCUGAUGUACAAGCAGAGCUGGACCAUUUAAUAAAAUGCAAAGGAGUGUCGAACAUGAAAUCAGAAAAGCCAAUGUAUAGGAAAAUUUUAAGCAAGUUGGAAUAUCUAAUGCAACCUCAUUGUUUAAGGCCGAUGAUUUUGGUUCUAACCUACUUCUUCUUCCAACAAUUCAGUGGUAUAUUUGUUAUCAUCUUUUACGCUAUAGAUAUCGUUAAUAAUGCUGGCAUAACAUUCGAUCCUUACAUUACUAUUGUCGUAAUUGGUGUCGUACGUUUAAUCAGUGCUAUUUUACCCAGUUUCUUAGCUAAACGUUUCGGAAGAAGGCCAUUGUCUUUAUUCUCAGGACUUGGUAUAGCAUCCUGUUUACUUCCACUAGCACUUUAUAUUAAACUUAAGGACAAUGGUUCAUUAAGUGGAUAUAGCCUGACCUUUUUGCCAUUAAUUUGUUUACUUGUGUAUUUUGUUACAAAUUCUAUUGGUUUUCUUCCUCUUCCUUUCGCUUUAGCUGCAGAACUCUUUCCUACAAAAGUCAGAGGAACUGCAGCUGGUAUUAUUUCAGGUAUGGGCUACUUCUUUAAUUUUAUAGCUGUUAAAAUCUAUCCCGACAUGGUUCAAAGCCUUGGAAGAUCAGGAGUAUUUUGCUUCUAUGGAGUAAUUGCACUUCUUGGAACUAUUUUCGUGUUUUUCUUGUUGCCAGAGACCAAAGGUAAAAGUUUGCAAGAAAUUGAGGAAUAUUUCGGAAAGAAAAAAGUUUCAAUAAGCGAAGAAACCAAAAUAUUGCAAGAGAUGGCAUAACAUUCUAUGGAUGUAUUAAAAGAUACUUAUAAGUAUCUAUAUUGUUUGAUUUUUCAAAUGUAAUCAGUAUUACUAUAAGACAUUGAUGAGGAUCCAUAAUGGAAAAGGAUUCCUUAGAGAUGUCUUUUGAAUUUUGAAUUUUGAAUUUUUGAAUUUUUUUGUUUCCUUCAGUAUAGUGAUUUGCUGCUAUAAUCUAUGAAAAAAAAAAUGAUGGAAAAAGAUAUAACAUCGUUCAAGAAUGAAUAUAGGUGCGGUAGAUGGGAAACUAUAAAUGCAUUUCUGAAAGCAACGAAGGUAGUGAAAGUAGUAGUGUUCUAAGAUAUAUGUAUAAAAUAAUAAUGUAAGUUAGAAUUUUUUUAUAAUAAAAUAAUAUUUUGUAAAUAUAAA